GCGCCGCGCGACUGCGGCCCCCGCCCGACCCCCGCCCGACCCCCGCCCGGCCCCCGCCCGGCUCCGGCGCAGGCGACUCAGAUUAAAAAGGUUAAUUGACCAAGAAACGGAGUCCCAGAAGAAGAAGGAGCAAGAAAAAGAGAAGAGGGUCACUGCCCUGAAAGAGGAGCUGACCAAACUGAAGUCUUUUGCUUUGAUGGUGGUGGACGAACAACAAAGGCUGACGGCACAGCUUGCCCUUCAAAGACAGAAAAUCCAAGACCUAACCACGAGUGCAAAGGAAACACAUGCUAAACUAGCCCUUGCUGAAGCCAGAGUUCAGGAAGAAGAGCAGAAGGCAACCAGACUAGAGAACGAUCUGCAAACGCAGACCACAAAGUUUCACCAGAACCAAGAAACAAUUAUGGCGAAGCUCACCAAUGAGGACAGCCAAAAUCGCCAGCUUCGACAAAAGCUGGCAGCACUCAGCCGGCAAAUUGAUGAGUUAGAAGAGACAAACAGGUCUUUACGAAAAGCAGAAGAGGAGCUGCAAGAUAUAAAAGAAAAAAUUAACAAGGGAGAAUAUGGAAACUCCAGCAUCAUGGCUGAGGUGGAGGAGCUCAGGAAACGUGUGCUAGAAAUGGAAGGGAAGGAUGAAGAGCUCAUAAAAAUGGAGGAGCAGUGCAGAGAUCUCAAUAAGAGGCUGGAAAAGGAAACAUCACUGAGUAAAGACUUUAAACUCGAGGUUGAAAAACUCAGUAAAAGAAUUAUGGCUCUGGAAAAAUUAGAAGAUGCUUUCAACAAAAGCAAACAAGAAUGUUACUCUCUGAAAUGUAAUUUAGAAAAAGAAAGGAUGACCACAAAGCAGUUAUCUCAGGAACUGGAGAGUUUAAAGGUAAGGAUCAAAGAGCUAGAAGCCAUUGAAAGUCGGCUGGAGAAGACAGAAUUCACCCUAAAAGAGGAUUUAACUAAACUGAAAACAUUAACUGUGAUGCUGGUAGAUGAACGGAAAACAAUGAGUGAAAAAUUAAAGCAAACUGAAGAUAAGUUACAAGCUGCUGCUUCUCAGCUUCAAGUGGAGCAAAAUAAAGUGACAACGGUUACUGAGAAGUUAAUUGAAGAAACUAAAAGGGCACUGAAGUCCAAAACUGAUGUGGAAGAAAAAAUGUACAGUGUAACGAAAGAGAGAGAUGAUCUAAAAAACAAACUGAAAGCAGAAGAAGAGAAAGGAAAUGAUCUCCUGUCCAAAGUUAACAUGUUGAAAAACAGGCUUCAAUCAUUGGAAGCAAUUGAGAAAGAUUUCCUAAAAAACAAAUUAAAUCAAGAUUCUGGUAAGUCCACAACAGCAUUACACCAAGAGAACAAUAGGAUUAAAGAGCUCUCUCAAGAAGUGGAAAGACUGAAACUGAAGUUAAAGGAUAUGAAAGCCAUUGAGGAUGACCUCAUGAAAACUGAAGAUGAGUAUGAGACUCUAGAACGAAGGUAUGCUAAUGAACGAGACAAAGCUCAAUUUUUAUCUGAAGAGCUGGAACAUGUUAAAAUGGAACUUGCCAAAUACAAGUUAGCAGAAAAGACAGAGUCCAGCCAUGAACAAUGGCUUUUCAAAAGGCUUCAGGAAGAAGAAGCUAAAUCAGGUCACCUCUCAAGAGAAGUGGAUGCGCUGAAAGAGAAAAUUCAUGAAUACAUGGCAACUGAGGACCUGAUAUGUCACCUCCAGGGAGAUCAUUCAGUUCUGCAAAAGAAACUCAGUCAACAAGAAAACAGGAACAGAGAUUUAGGAAGAGAGAUUGAAAACCUCACUAAAGAGUUAGAGCGGUACCGUCAUUUCAGUAAGAGCCUCCGGCCCAGUCUCAAUGGAAGAAGAAUCUCUGACCCUCAAGUAUUUUCCAAAGAAGUUCAAACAGAAGCAGUGGACAGUGAGCCACCUGAUUACAAGAGUCUCAUUCCUCUGGAACGAGCAGUCAUCAACGGUCAGUUAUAUGAGGAGAGCGAGGACCAGAAUGAGGACCCUCAUGAUGAGGAGUCUGUGCUGUCCUUCAAAUGCAACUCAUCUACUCCCUGUCCUGUUAACAGGAAGCUAUGGAUUCCUUGGAUGAAGUCCAAGGAGGGCCAUCCUCAGAAUGGAAAAAUACAAACUAAACCCAGUGGCAACUUCGUGCAACCUGGAGAUCUAGUCCUAAGCCACACACCUGGGCAGCCACUUCAUAUAAAGGUUACUCCAGACCAUGUCCAAAACACAGCCACUCUUGAAAUCACAAGUCCGACCACAGAGAGUCCUCACUCUUACACAAGCACUGCAGUGAUACCAAACUGUGGCACCCCAAAGCAAAGGAUAACCAUCCUCCAAAAUGCUUCCAUAACUCCAGUGAAAUCAAAAACCUCUGCUGAAGGCCUUAUGAAUUUCGAGCAAGGCAUGUCCCCAAUUACCAUGGCAACCUUUGCCAGGGCACAGACCCCAGAGUCUUGUGGUUCCAUAACUCCAGAAAGGACAAUGUCACCUAUUCAGGUUUUGGCUGUUACUGGUUCAGCUAGCUCCCCUGAGCAGGGACGCUCUCCAGAGCCGAUAGAAAUCAGUGCCAAGCACGCGAUUUUCAGAGUCUCCCCUGAUCGGCAGUCAUCAUGGCAGUUUCAGCGUUCAAACAGUAACAGUUCAAGUGUGAUAACUACUGAGGAUAAUAAAAUCCACAUUCACUUAGGAAGUCCUUACAUGCAAGCCGUAGCUAGCCCCGUGAGACCUGCCAGCCCUUCAGCAUCACUGCAGGAUAACCGAACUCAAAGCUUAACUAAUGGGGCACUAAACAAAACAACCAAUAAAGUCACCAGCAGUAUUACUAUCACACCAACAGCCACACCUCUUCCUCGACAAUCACAAAUUACAAUCAAGGAGGUAUGCAAGCAGAGAAUCCCAACACGGAUCCCUAAACCAAAAUCUACAGGCAUUGCUAAGCUUUCCCCUAAAGUUCUCCCAGGGCCUAUGGAUAAGACUGGCUGUGGGAAGCUACACAUCAUAAGGACUGUCACCUCUAAUACUUUCCUCCACAUGGGAGGGAAAAGGUAA